GAGUCUCGAGAGGCGGAGGACGUGGGAGGAUGAAGCUCUUCCGCCAAGAACGGACAUUGCGGGGCAUUUUCUCCGAGACGCGAAACCUUGACUGAACGCGAACAACGCGAACGACGUCGAAAUAUACAAAUCCAAAUACAAUGGCUGAUGUAGCCAAAGGCGCGAGCGGUCCCGAGACGAACCCUCGCGGUAUUCCCGUUGCGCCCUUUAUAGAUCGGGUUGAGGACUAUGUCACAGACCGCGCAGAUGUCGAGAAGACCAUCAACAACUUCAAGGAGAUGAUCUCGAAGUACCAGUUCAUGCAGCAAAACACUCAACGGCGAGCUGCAGGCCUCAAGGACAAGAUCCCCGAUAUUCAAAAGACGUUAGAGACUGUGCGGUUCCUCAAGUCACGGAAAGACGAUGCGGAGCCCCUCGAAACUACCUUCGAACUGAACGAUACACUCUACGCCAAAGCUGAAGUGCCUCCCACCGACGAAGUCUACCUCUGGCUCGGCGCCAAUGUUAUGCUCGCAUACCCCAUACCCGAAGCCGAAGAACUGCUGCAAUCGAAGCUGUCGACCGCGAAACAAAGUUUGAGUACAUGCGAAGAGGAUUUGGACUUCCUACGUGAGCAGAUUACGACACUCGAAGUCGCAUUCGCACGGGUUUACAACUGGGACGUUGCACAGCGGAGAAAGGAAAGGGAGGCAGAGGAAAAGAAGUGAAUGUGUCUGAAUGGAAAAGAGUCAGAACAACUCUCGCCUGUCGGCAGGGAAAGACAGCUUACGUAGCUGAUCAGCACGCAAGGCAAGAUACAAAAACCAAAACCACAUGAUGAUGAUGAUGAUGACGAUAAUGAAAACGCUGGAGAAAGCUGAAAUGGCUCCGAAAGAUUUCGCAAUCAUCAAGCAAGCGAUAUGGUACCUCUCGGGUGUGACUCCUGCUCACGAUCCACAUGCAUUGUAUACCACAGUGAAGAGCCUGCUACCAAGA